UGUAAAUUAGCUGCUGGAACGACUAUUGGAAGCCUCAUCGCCUUCCAACAAUUAAAUAAGCAAAACGCGAAGAAAAGCGAUUCGGAAAGGAAAGGCUCGUUGCCGCGGACGAAUAUAAAACCAGGAAAUCAGUAAGAAUAAUACUGCUUCUUUAGCAAAUACGCAUACGGAAGAGGUGGCACAGCAGGAACGAAAAACGUAACCGAAAAACACUCAAAAGUCCAGCGGAGCUUCCAGGUGGAGAUGCCCCAGAUGAGGGCAGCGGCCGCUGAGGCGGUGGCCGGCGGCAGCACCAAUGGACAGCCGCUGGUUAAGAUCGGGCACUAUCAACUAGGCGCUACACUGGGCACCGGAACUUUCGGCAAGGUUAAGAUCGGCGAGCACCAAAUCACCCGUGUUAAGGUGGCCGUGAAGAUACUCAACCGGCAGAAGAUUAAAAGCCUGGACGUCGUGGGCAAGAUCCGGCGUGAGAUCCAGAAUCUGAAGCUUUUUCGCCAUCCUCACAUAAUCAAGUUGUACCAGGUCAUAUCCACGCCUUCGGACAUCUUUAUGAUAAUGGAAUACGUAAGCGGUGGCGAGCUAUUCGACUACAUCGUAAAGCAUGGCAAGCUUCAGGAGCACCAGGCUCGUCGCUUCUUCCAGCAAAUUAUCUCUGGUGUGGACUACUGUCAUCGGCAUAUGAUCGUGCACCGGGACUUAAAACCCGAGAACCUGCUGCUUGACCACAACAUGCACGUGAAGAUCGCCGACUUCGGGCUCUCGAACAUGAUGCUUGAUGGAGAGUUUUUGCGCACCUCCUGUGGAUCUCCUAACUACGCGGCUCCCGAGGUGAUCUCCGGUAAGCUUUACGCAGGACCCGAGGUGGACAUCUGGUCGUGUGGCGUUAUCCUUUAUGCCCUGCUGUGCGGGACGCUGCCCUUCGACGAUGAGCAUGUACCCACUCUGUUUCGCAAGAUCAAGUCGGGCAUCUUUCCGAUACCCGAGUACCUUAACAAACAGGUGGUGAACCUCGUGUGCCAGAUGCUACAGGUGGACCCGCUCAAACGGGCCAACAUUGAGGAGAUUAAAAAGCACGAGUGGUUCCAGAAGGACCUUCCGGCUUAUCUUUUCCCCUCGUCGAUAGAGCAGGACUCCAAUGUGAUCGACACUUAUGCGGUGGCCGAGGUGUGCACCAAGUUCGGCGUCAAAGAGACCGAAGUGCACAAUUCGCUGCUCAGUGGGGAUCCGCAUGACCAGUUAGCUAUCGCCUACCAUCUAAUUAUCGACAACAAGCGCUUUGCCGAUGAUGCGGCUAAUCAAAUAAACGAGAUUAACAAUUUCUUUGUGGCCGGUUCGCCUCCACCACCGCCUCCCCUGCCAGUCCCGCAGUCGACGAUGGACCACCAGGCCCCUCUGGCUACCGUUACAGUAGGCGGAGGCACUGCUGCCAGCUCGGGGACGGCUACGCCCGUUCCUCUCUGUUCUGGCGGCACGCCUAGUAACACCAUUCGACCUCAUCCAGAGCGGAUUGCGCCAAUGCGGGACCGUCAGUUGGCCAUGUCCGUUCAGACAUCAGGUGGCGGAGCAUUCCCGGAGAAAACAGCACGAGGAGGUACACCCAUCAAGCGCGCCAAAUGGCAUUUAGGCAUCAGGUCACAGAGCAAGCCGAACGACAUAAUGCUGGAGGUGUACCGGGCAAUGAAGGCCCUUAGCUACGAGUGGAAAAUUAUCAAUCCGUACCACGUCCGUGUGCGGCGACAGAAUGUGAAGACGGGCAAGUUCUCGAAGAUGUCGCUACAGCUCUACCAGGUAGACGCGAAGAGCUAUCUGCUCGAUUUCAAGUCGCUGACUAACGACGAGGUUGAGCAGGGUGACGACGUCAUAAUGGAGAGUCUUACCCCACCGCCACUUAGCGUAUCAGGGGUAAUGCCGCUUCAGCCAACCGGGCAUCACACCAUGGAGUUCUUCGAGAUGUGCGCGGCCUUAAUUAUCCAGCUCGCGCGCUGAUAAAGAAGUGACCGCCGUUGGUCGCAGCGGAUUCGAUGGGAUCUUCUCAGAUGGUGAUCUGUCCUCGGUCCACCCUGAGGAUUACCCAUUACUCAGAAAACACAGUCUCACAGAGGAAAGCUACAUAGGCAUGGAGUUCGGACUAAAGUUAUUAAAAUCGAAACAACCACUAUUGAUUUCAGUCGGAAUCGAAAUUGAAACAUGUUUUUCAAUAUCGAUGUAAUAUCCGAGUAUGCUUUUUUUAAUAGAUGCAACUGUUGCAUGAACAAUAAGUUAGCAUCCUGUGGCCGCUCGGAAAGUAGAACUUAAAUUUCUUUAAAAUUAUGCUAUUGCAAGCCUACCUUAACCACCUUAACUGAAAUAGGAUCGACCAACAAACUUUUAUACUCUGACAUCAGCUUCCCUUUGUGUGGCUGUGUAAUCUAAAUAGAGUUUAAAUUCGGACGACCGCCAGCUGUUACCGCUUUGCUACCGUAACCCGUUUUGCCGUAUCCUUCCGCUUCCGGUUAGUAUAAGUUUGUAGGUUCCGCCCCGCACUUCGCCGCGCGGUCGGCGGGUCGGUCUGCUUAUGUUCUGUUUAUAUUUCGAUUUCUGUUUAUAUAUAUAUGUUGAGUUAUUAUUUUACCCGAAACCGUAUGUGUACUUGUAUUUCUAUAAUAUGAACCUCGUCUGGGGAUUUUGUUAUAUUACAACCAGAUUUGGGCGAGUGAGUUUUAUGUAUCUAUGUAAACCAAAAAAUAAAGCGAUCCAUUAAUAUUCUAAAUCGA